AUGGGACCCUCGGAGACGACGGCCGAGCCGUCCGCUACGGCCACGGUGACGUUCAGCUCGGGCCGGCUCGCGCCAGAGUCGCCGCCGCCGCCGCCGCCGCCCGACUUGCGACUACUCCACUUCAAUGAUGUCUACCACCUCGACCCCUCGUCUUCGGAGCCGGUCGGCGGCGUUGCGCGUUUCGUGUCUCUAUGCAACGAAUACCGUGACGGCGAGCAGUUCCACGGCCAACCCGAGCUAGUCACGCUCUUUUCUGGCGAUGUCUUCAAUCCGAGCUUGGAGAGUUCCGUGACAAAAGGUGCCCACAUGAUCCCGCUUCUGAACAAGAUCGGGACUCGCUGUGCCUGUGUCGGGAACCACGAUCUCGACUUUGGCGUCAUGCAGUUCCGCCAUCUGACGUCCAAGUGCGACUUCCCCUGGCUGCUGGCCAACGUGCUCGACCCUGCGCUGGGAGACGGCGUCCCUCUCGGCAAUGCCAAGCGCACCCACAUGAUCACGGCGUCGAACGGCAUCAAGAUCGGGCUGCUCGGUCUCGGCGAGCGUGAGUGGCUUGAUACCAUCAACUCGCUCCCGCCGAACCUCAUCUACCGGUCCGCCAGCGAGGUUGCGCGUGAGCUGGUGCCGCAGCUACGUGCCGACGGCGCCGACGUCGUCAUCGCCCUGACGCACCAGCGCGAGCCCAACGACGACAAGCUCGCCGAGAACUUGGGCGGCAUUAUAGACAUCAUCCUGGGCGGCCACGACCACUUCUACGCCCACAGCCUCAUCAACGGCACCCACGUUCUGCGGUCCGGCAGCGACUUCAAGCAGCUUAGCUACCUCGAGCUCCGCCGGUCCACGUCAUCUGACAGGCGGUGGGACGUAGACAUCUGGCGCCGCGACGUGGUCAAGGCCAUCCCUGAGGACGGCGAGACGCUUGCGCUCGUCGACAAGCUCACGGCGCGGCUAAAGAAGAGCCUCGAAAAGCCCAUCGGCUGGACGGCAGCGCCGCUGGACGCGCGCUUCACGACGGUGCGGCUGCGCGAGAGCAACCUGGGCAACUUCGUCUGCGACAUCAUGCGCCAUCACUACGAGGCCGAGUGCGCGCUCAUGGCGGCCGGCACCAUCCGCGGCGACCAGAUCUACACGCCCGGGCCCGUCCGCGUCAAGGACAUCACCGACUGCUUCCCCUUUGAAGACCCCGUCGUCGUCAUCAAGGCCUCGGGCAAGGCCAUAUGGGACGCCCUGGAGAACGGCGUGUCCAUGUACCCGGCCCUGGAGGGCCGGUUCCCGCAGGUCUCGAACAUCAGGUUCAAGUUCGACCCCGCCAAGCCCCCCGGAUCUCGUAUCCUCUGGGCCGAGAUUGCCGGCGCAGUUCUCGACGCCGAGCGCAUCUACGUCCUUGCCACGCGCGGGUACAUGGCGCGCGGCAAGGACGGCUACGACAGUCUCCUGGUGCAGCCCGAGGGCGGCGUGUGCGAGGAGGUGGUGUCGGAGGAGAACGGCAUGCUCAUCUCGGCCAUGCUGCGGCAGUACUUCAUGUCGCUGCGUGUCAUGGACCGGUGGUCGCGCUGGGGCCCGUCGCUCGACCGCCACUGGCACCGCGUCGGGUCCGGCGUCGCCAAGAGCCACCCCGUCGUCGACCCGACGUCCGCCGCUGUCGUCGAGGAGUCGCCCUCGUCUCCCGCCGGCGGCCCUGGGCUGUCCAGGACCGACACCAGGGACAGCCGCGAGAGCUGGGCCGAGUGGACGCCCACCAAGCUGCGCGACCGGCGGUCCAGCGUCACGCCGCUGGUCGAGAACGCCGACAACGACACGGACCACGAGGACGCUGGCGAUGACAGCAGCUACGCCCAGGACGUGCGUGACGUCGAUCGGGAGCUGCGCACCAUGCGCCGCGUCUUUGGCAAGUGGUGCCGCCUGGCGGGCGUCCGGGGCCAGGCCUGCGACAGCCUGCCCGACGGCGAGGGGGCUGUGGCCUGGACCAAGGCCAUCUCGCCCAAGGUCGAGGGCCGCAUCCUGAUGGUUGGCGACGACGGAAAGCGGUAA